AUAUUUUGGACAGUAGAGCUGGACUUGUGGAUCACUCAGAAAUCCCAGUUCGGUUUGUUCUGCUGUCAGUUACUUAUCCAUGGAAUACUCUGCGGCAAUUCUCCCACUCUCUCAGCUCCCUUCUUUAUUCCCACUAAAACCCAACAGAAGCAAAUUACCUUGCAAUCGUUCUUGCCUAUCCAAUUCUAAACCAAGAGCCUCUCGUCCCCCUCGCAUGCACUGCCACAAGAUGUACGUCCCUGGAUUUGGAGAACCCUCGCCGGAAGCAAAGGCGGCCAACAACCUCCACAGUUUCUUCACUUAUGUUGCAGUUAGGAUUGUCUGCGCUCAGCUUGAGAGUUACAACACGGAGGCAUACGAAGAGCUGAUGGAAUUUCUGAGCAGGAACUCGUUGAAUGAUGGAGACCAAUUCUGUGCCAAUCUGACGAGAGAAUCUUCCGGGCAUAAGGGUCUAGGUAAAAGGCCAUUUGUUGUCCAGGUUCGAUCUGCAUACUGUAAAAAUGAUUUCGAGUGGGACAACUUGCAGCGAUUAGCUUUCAAGAUGGUGGAUGAAUCCAAUACGAGGCUCAUGAGAGAUAAUGUCCGAGAAAUAAGUCACGUGGAAGGUGAUCAGGAAAAGUGAGAAUUGAUAUGAUCGAAUCACCACAUAAAGAUGAAGCAGGUUUCCGACGUAGGACUCUAUUCUGUACAUGUUUCAACUGUUACCGCAACGUCUGGUUUAAUUUGUUUUGUUACCAAUGUACGGUAGAAAAUAUGAGUUUUAUUAUUUUGUUAAUAUUUAGCACGUGAAUAGUUUAUUCUGAAUUGAAAGAGUGAGUGUCCAUCUUGCUAUACUAAAGACUCUUUUACAUUAUCUCUUGGAGAUGAAUUAUUUGAGUUUAGCUC